UCCAAUCGCAGCCACCAUUUGCAUCAGGAUCCCGUCCAAGGAGGAAAGAAACAUGAGCAUGAAUAGGAAACAUGCUAUUAAAUUUCUGGACAAGAUAUUCACUGAUGGGUCCAAGCUAGCCCCAGAAGAGAAGCUCUUUUCCUAUAAGGAUGUCUUGUAUCCUGUUAUCCUUUGUCAGCCAGAAACUUUUCAAGCUCUUGAAACCUUUGAAGCACGGAUGGAUGAUAUAAUCUUGGCAGGAUAUCCUAAAACUGGUAAUAACUGGCUUACUCACAUCCUAAAUAGCCUGAAAAUCACUGCUGAAAAAUAUACAGAAGAGGAAAUGAAAAGGAGAAUUGACAUUGAAGAACAAUUGGCAAUGACUGAGUGCCUUGAAUUUGGGGAUCCAGGCAAAUUCAAGAGGAUGGCAAAACUGCCUUCCAGAAGGACCAUAGCAACUCAUCUCUCUCCUCAAUCACUACCCUCAUCUAUUUUCAAAAACAAAGCGAAGAUACUGGUGCUGGUUCGAAAUCCUAAAGAUACAGUAGUGUCUUAUUUUCAUUUUAAUGAAAAGAUGCCUUGUUUUCCUGCUUCAGCAUGGGAUGCAUACUUUACAGAUUUUAUGAAUGGGAAAGUGAGUUGGGGCUCCUAUUUUGACUAUGUCAAAGAAUGGGACAAGUAUAUCGAUGAUGAAAAUGUCAUGGCCGUAAGUUACGAAGAGCUAAAGGAGGAUCUGAAUUUGGGAUUGAAAAAAAUAGCUACAUUCUUUGGGUUUUCCCUGAAUGAAGAAGAGUUUCAAAGAGUUGUAGAAUUGAGCAGCUUCAAAGCUAUGAAAGAAAUAGCCCACAAGAGCCAUGGAGCAUUUGGAGAAGUUCUUUUCCGCAAAGGAUGUGUUGGUGACUGGAAAAGCCUGUUCACAGAAUCUCAGAACCAAGCAAUGGAUAGAAAAUUUGAAGAGUGUUUGGCUGGAACUAAACUAGGAGCAAAGAUAAAGUAUGAGGUUUACUGCAAGGUCUAA